GAAGGGCAAGAAAAGCAAAAGUUUCUGCUAGUGGUACCUAGUCAAUACUUGUUAUUUUUGUUUUAAAAUUUUUCUAAACAAUUCCAGCAGCAUUUUCAAUUAUGUUUUGGUUGUGAAAUUAAAGUACUUAAUUAUUGCUACUCGUGGGAAGUAAUUUAAAGAAAAAAAUGGCUACCGUUUUUGAUAGUCCCUUUAUUCGACAACGUUUACAUCGUCUACGAAACCGUGACUUCGAUUUGGAUGAAGACCAGAGAUUUGGUAGAUGUGAUUGUACGAGUUAUUCCUACUUUGUACUUUCCAUGGUGUUAUUUUCAGUUGGUACUGUUAUAACGGUAUUAGCUUUGGGGGCCGCUGAUGGAUAUAUUUUAAGUAAUUUGGGACACAUGUGGCUUGUGGGACCUAUAUUUAUAUGUUCGGGAAUGAUGGUGGCCGUAAAGAGCAUGUUGUAUUUGAGGAGAAAAAGUGUCAUCCAAAUGCUUUUACAUCAACGUGCAAUUAUUAGGGACAUGGCUAGCGCCCAGGCUGAACAAGCGUAUGGAGUACCUCGUAAUGCCUCAAGCGUAACCUUACCUCCUGCUUAUGAUGCCUUAAUAUCAAGUGCCUCGUGUAGCAAACCAGAAACUUCAAGUUCAGAACCCCCACCACCUACAUAUGAUGAAGCAAUGUAUUUACUUGAUGAGAAGUAUCAUUUAGGGAACAAAAAUGAUGACCAAGCUAAACAAGAGACAAGUAGUGAAACAAAUUCCAAUAAUGAUGUCGGAAAACCGUGAAAUUUUUAUUUUGUAUUUUGAUCUUAGAUGUAUAAGCAAAACUUAAUUCUUCCGUUUGUACUUAUUAAUUUUACAUAGUUUGCAUAUAAUUAGUAUUCUCAGAUGUGCCUAAAAUAUUGACUUGUUGGUAUAAUACUGUUACAAGGUGUCCUUUAUUUACAAUUAUUGUAAUGUAGGGUAAGGUGUAUUUGUGAUUUUAACAAUUUAUUGUGGCUGGUUUUCAUCAAUAAUAUAUUUUUAGGCGUGUCCAUAAUUUUAAUUAAGAUAAAUAUACAUUAAUGUUAUUGUAAAGUUUAGUGGAGACAUUUCAAUAAUUAAAUUUCGAAUAUUAUUUAUAAUUAUUGCAUAUUUUAAGUCACGAUUUUAUUUAUAAAGUCUAGUGUUGAGGAAAAACAUAUUUUUGCCCCUAUUUAAUUCUAUAACAAUCUCUUACUUGUAGUUGUAAACAAGUUUCUUGCAUUUUAUGUUAUCCCAGUAAUAUUAAACAAUAUUGUUUAAUUUAGAACAGUUUUAGCAAUCAUUGCUAAUUAUUUGCAUUUUGAAGACAUUUUUUGUCAAUUAUGUAUGCUUUACAAAUAUUAUGAGCUUGUUGUUACUAAUAGUUAUCUAUAACUACAAAUUUAUCUCGAGUUAAUAGAUUUACAUAUAGAUGGAUAUAGUGACAUCCAGAUAUGACUUGAAAAAUAUAAAAUAUCAAUAUAAUCUAUUUUUAUUGCUUUUAGUGUCAAAUAGAGAUCAAACAUCAUCUUUGACUCAUUUAUAUGAGUGAUUUAAUUAAAAUUUAUUAUUGUAUGAAGACUGAAGGAUAUACACUUUACAUUGUUGGAAAUUUAUAAAGGAAUCAUUACAUUUACUGUAUAAUAUUGAUCUGAAAUAGAUAUUACUUCAAAGUAGGUCUAUAUUUAUAUACAACAAAAUGAUUUUCAUUGUGAUUUCUUAUUAUUUACUAUUUAAAUUAGUGUUAAGACUAAUUUGGUUUAAUUUUUUUUUUGUUUUUUAUUUUCCCAAUGUUAAAUGUCGUAUUGAAAAGGAAAAAAAAAAUCGAUUUUCACAUGUAUGAGGCUUAUUGAUUUACAAUGUUUAUAUCCUAAAAAUUAAAAUAAAAUGUUUUCUAUACAAA